UUACGUUGCUUACGAUGAUCGUCGAGGAAUACGAACCGCCCGGCGAUGGGGUCAUCUGACUAUUCCCUUCAUGUAAAAUCCAUAAAAUAAGCCUUCACUUGACCUUGUUCAGACAGACGGUCAUGGCACCGACCUCUGCACGAAGUCUUUUGCUUCUAUGUGCAACUCGCCGAAAUGGUAUUCUCCUCACUCCGAGAUUACCACGCCCCUUCACAUAUCGAGAAUCUUCAGUCCCUCUCAGAUCCUUCUCGACCCGUAUCGCUCUCGCGAACAAGCAGACAAGCUCAUCAAAGCCGGGCUCGAACGAACCACCUCAGUACCCGACAUUCGGCUUUGAAGCGCUGGGGAUGAGCAAAGGAACGAAAGCAUUUGUCAUUGCAAUCCUGUGUUGUUUUGGAACCAUGGAGACCUGGUUCUGGUGCAAGGCUAUUUGGCGUUGGUGGAAGGGAAAGACCGAAGAGGUGGAGCCGAUACAGGCAACGAAGUAAACUAGCGUGGCACUAGAGCUGAGACAGGGCCCUAUUGAGCCCAUGAUUUCCCUCAUUUUGUAUUGUUAUUCGUUGGCUAGGGAGUAGUAUCACCACUCUAGAUGAUGGGUGGUGGAAUGGAUUGUCACUGGCACUACCUAAUUAGGAAACAAUUUGGCCAAGA